AGUAAAUUGAAAACCCAUGCUAUUUACAGAUGGCGCUGAGGAACUGAAAAUGUCCAGUGGACCACUUGUGAACAAUUUUGAAGUCCCAUCGUGGGCUGGAAAACCUCCACCGGGACUCCAUCUAGACUGUAUGAAGGAUGGCAAAAUGAUUCAGAAACUGAUGAUCGAUGAGAAGAAAUGCUACUUCUUUGGAAGGAAUAAACAACUGUGCGACUUCUGCAUUGACCACCAGUCAUGUUCCAGAGUUCAUGCUGCUCUUGUGUGGCACAAGCACCUGUCACGGCCAUUCAUUGUAGAUUUAGGCAGCACUCAUGGUACACACAUUGGACACAUCAAACUGGAAUCCAGGAAACCACAACAAGUUCCUAUUGACAGUGAAAUCCAUUUUGGGGCCUCAACUCGAAUCUACAUCAUUCGAGAACGCCCCCAGGUCAGCACUGGGCAGAUGUCGGACGAUAAGGACAAACGGCGGGAGGAUCUGGAGGGCGGCCUACUGGGGCUCCCAGAGACAGAAACAGAGCUAGAUAAUUUAACAGAAUUCAACACUGCCCACAACAGACGAAUAUCCUCAAUGGUGGAUGUUGGAGCAGACACAGGUCCCAACGCCCUGAAGAGGAAACACAAAAGUCUCCAUGUCAACUUUGAAGAAGAAGAUGAAGUCAUUAACCCAGAGGAUAUAGACCCUUCAGUCGGACGAUUCAGAAACAUGAUCCAGACAACUGUUAUACCCACUAAGCGUCAGAAAAUGGACACGGGUCUAGUUCAAAACACAUCAAUGACCGACAACAUAACCAAACGAUUACAAAGUUUCUCUUAUCAAACACCAAGUUUGUACGGUGACUUAUCAGCCGCACCAAACACAUACAGUAUAGCUGCUAAAAUGGGACUUCAUGUACCCAACCUGGCUCCUGACAUUGUGCCAGAUGAACCUGUGGCACCUACAAUCACAGGGCAUCCACCAGUUGUGUUUAAUGUGGAAGAGGUGUCAAAGGAACCGAAGAAAAAGAAAUAUGCCAAGGAAAUGUGGCCAGGCAAAAAACCUGUUCAUUCACUUCUUGUAUAGCCCCCAAUAAUGUUCUUAUUGUUUGAGUUAAGCACCACUGAGAUAGAUCUGGCAUACUCGCUGUAGGUUUAAUAUACCUUGUAUGUUGUAUCUGUAAGCAACACACCAGAGCAUCGAAAUGUGAAUUUGAGGAUGUGUUAGCAUAUUCAAUUAAUUUCUUCCCCUCACAUUUCUAGUUAAAUAGUUUUAAUGUGAAACUUGCAUUACUUAGAAUUUUUUAUAAGAUGUUAGAUGUGUGUAAAACAGAUGCAUUGAUACCUGGAGCUAGGUGGAAUCAAUAUAGACAGUGCCUGUAAAUGGUAAUGUCUCUGUGUACAGUGUUUGUAUCUCCUAGCAUAGUUUUAUUCAAGCAAAUUUGUACAUAUUAAAAUUUAAAGGAAAAUCGUAAAAUUUAGUCAAUUUUAAAGUGCUGGGCAAUCUAAUUAAAAUCAUCUUGAGGUAGAGUACGUAUAUAUGUAGCAAACGGAACCCAGACAGAUGAUUUUAAUUAGGUUGGGUGUUUGUCACAAGACAGCCCACCAAAAAUAAUAAUUGUUUUUUAAAACAUUUUUUGAUUUUCUUUUUCUUUCCUCUCACUGUUUUCUACUGCCAAUAUGACUAUGAUUAAACGUGAGAUUGUAUCAAUUUGUUGAUCUAUAGCAAUAUGUACCAAUGGUGACCAGAUUUAGUUCACGUGAGCCGUAAACUGAUGUCUUGAACACCAUAUACUUUAAAUAAAAAGUUUUCUACCAUUUUAUUUUUGGUAUACCAUAUUUGACAGAUCGACUUUUUUUGCAAGCAUUGUGUUAUUUAUGUCCAUCAUUUAUGAAUUAACAUUGUGGCAGAUGAAGUAAAAAUGAUGAGUCAUGCAAGAUGAGACUUUAUUGUCAAAUCAUUGGUUGUAAAAGUCAGUGUGUUGGAGAUGUUUGUUUUAAUCAGUGUGCACAAAUUUUAGAUCUUUGAUUUGAGGUUAAAGUCUUAUAAAGAGAAUAUACUUUUAUAGUUUAUAAUGAAUUUUAUCAGGUACAUGUACUCCAAUUUCACUCAAGAUCAUGUUAAUUCAUAUUGAAAGCUUAAUCUGAAACUCACUUGAAAUAAGUGCAAUUUUGUCCAAAUCAUUACUUCUUAACUUAAUCUUGUCAGCACAAAAUAUGAUUGUGAAAAUAUGAAUUGAAAUUUCUUCAUAUUCAUCAUAAAAUCAUUCAUGUAUUUAUUGUAAGUGAUGCUCAUUGUGCAGUUCUGGCCACAGGCAUUGGCAUCCUUGGCCUAGAACCGACUAGCUGAGUUGUGUUUUGGAGACACGAGGCAAUCGGAGAGCGUUUCUCAGGCUCAGGCAUGCCAAGUACCUGCUAGACUGAUAUGGCUUAAAGUUCUGAGUGCAGCUAUACAUGUAAAUUCAUAUAGGAUUGUGUAUUUAAAGUAAAGUACACUCUGACUGGAUAUUAAGGUGUUCAUUUUAGAAGCGUGAGGAAAUUGUAAACAAUGAAGAAUUAAAAUGGAGGAUGUCUGAA